AUGGGGCAGCCUGCUGAGGCUUCUUCAGACGAAGAGGAUCUUUACGCAGUAGAAGAGAGGAACAGAAUCCCUCAGACAGAGAUUCUCACCUGCUGGAUCUACAACAAAUAUUUUUGGGAUUCCAGUACCCACCUGAUAAAAAAAGUAUAUAAAUGCCUGGAGUGUGGGAAAAGCUUCCGACUGAGAGGAAAAUUUGCCAUCCAUCAAAGAAUUCAUACAGGGGAGAAACCAUAUAAAUGCAUGGAGUGCGGGAAGAGCUUCAGAAGGAGUGGACACCUAAUUUCCCACCAAAGAAUUCACACAGGGGAGAAACCAUAUAAAUGCAUCGAGUGUGGGAAACGCUUCAGUCGGAAUUAUAGUCUUACUUCCCAUCAAAGAAUUCACACAAGGGAAGAACCAUAUAAAUGUCUGGAUUGUGGGAAAAGCUUCAGUAAUAAUGCAAAAUUUUCUUCCCAUCAAAGAAUUCAUACAGGGGAGAAACCUUAUAAAUGCAUGGAGUGCGGGACGAGCUUCAGAAGGAGUGAACACCUAAUUUGCCAUCAAAGAAUUCACACAGGGGAGAAACCAUAUAAAUGCAUGGAGUGUGGGAAAAGCUUCAGUCGGAAUGAUACUCUUACUUCCCAUCAAAGAAUUCACACAAGGGAAGAACCAUAUAAAUGCCUGGAGUGUGGGGAAAGCUUCAGAAAUAAUCGCAGACUUACUUCCCAUCAAAGGAUUCACACAGGGGAGAAACUAUAUCAGUGCCUGGAGUGUGGGAAAAGCUUCAGUCGGAAUGACAGUCUUAUUUCCCAUCAAAGAAUUCAUACAGGGGAAAAACCAUACAAAUGCCUGGAGUGUGGGAAAAGCUUCAGAAAUAAUCGCAGACUUACUGUCCAUCAAAGAAUUCACACAGGGGAGAAACCAUAUCAAUGCCUGGAGUGUGGGAAAAGCUUCCGUUGGAAUGACAGUCUUACUUCCCAUCAAAUCAUUCACACAGGGGAGAAACCCUAUAAGUGCCUGGAGUGUGGGAAAAGUUUCAGUCGUAAUGGCACUCUUACUAUCCAUCAAAGAAUUCACACAAGGGAAGGACCAUAUAAAUGCCUGGAGUGUGGGAAAAGCUUCAGUAGUAAUUCAAAACUUUCUUCCCAUCAAAGGAUUCACACAGGGGAGAAACCAUAUCAAUGUCUGGAGUGUGGGGAAAGCUUCCGUUGGAAUGACAGUCUUACUUCCCAUCAAAUCAUUCACACAGGGGAGAAACCCUAUAAGUGCCUGGAGUGUGGGAAAAGUUUCAGUCGUAAUGGCACUCUUACUAUCCAUCAAAGAAUUCACACAAGGGAAGGACCAUAUAAAUGCCUGGAGUGUGGGAAAAGCUUCAGUAGUAAUGCAAAACUUUCUUCCCAUCAAAGGAUUCACACAGGGGAGAAACCAUAUCAAUGCCUGGAGUGUGGGAAAAGCUUCCGUUGGAAUGACAGUCUUACUUCCCAUCAAAUCAUUCACACAGGGGAAAAACCCUAUAAGUGCCUGGAAAUUCACACAGAGAAACCACAUAAAUGUCUGGAGUGUGGGAAAAGCUUCAGUAGUAAUGCAACACUUUCUUCCCAUCAAAGGAUUCAGCAGCAGAGAAAGAUACCCUUGAUGCCUCCUGCUCUUUCUCCUGAUUGUGAUGAAAGGAAAAGAAGCACUAUGCAGCAAGCUCAGAGAGGGGGCCCCCGCCUGGCUGUCCUGUGUCUGGACCACAUGAGAGGGUGUGAGAAGAAGCACCAAGGGAUGCCUGGUCUGGAGACAGUGGGGCAGUCUAACUACAGGCUUCUCUCCCAUCAGGGCCUUGCCUUGCCUGGGCUGAGAGGUGGUUGUGGAGUGAAGUUUGCUGACUCCUCUGCCACUUUACUUAGUUCCCAGCUGGCACUUCAAGAUCAGCUGGGCAUACAGGAGUGA